UUUCAUCGAGGAGGGACGCCAGACGAUCGGACGGACCUGUUUUUAUGUCUCUCUCCACCGAAGACAAAUCGGCACCGAAUUUCCGGAUUUACCAAAAUCCUCUCUCUCGCUCUCUCUCUCGUUUUCUUCUUCUUCAAGCACUUGCAAAACUACCAGAAAAAGGAAGAGAGGGAGAGAAAUGGCGUCUUCUCUUCCCGCAGCGGCGCCCAUUGUAAUCAAAGCCACCUCGUCUUCCUUCUCUUCCCAACGCCAGUCCGGCCAUCACUCCAAGCUUUGCUUCCGUCUCUCUUCCAAGCCCAAGCUCCUUUUUUCUUCCAAGGGUUUGCGAACUAACUGGAAUCGUUCCUGCAUCACAAAAGCCAAAUUGAGUAAGGUCCCCAUCGAUGGAUCUUCAAAUGCUGCUCCCGCUCCUGAUACAAACUCAGAAGUGCCCACAUUGGAAGGAAAGGAUGAUGAGCCUGCAAAUGGGCUUUCUCCGGUGGCUUCGGAAGCAUCGAUUGCCGAAUUUAUGACUCAAGUUGCAAGCCUUGUCAAGCUUGUCGACUCUAGAGAUAUUAUUGAGUUGCAGCUGAAGCAACUUGACUGUGAACUGAUUAUCCGUAAAAAGGAGGCCUUGCCUCAGCAAUCGGUGCAAGCUCCCGUUGUUAUGAUGCAGCCGCCCUCCCCGCAAUCAGCAAUGCCAUCUCAUUUUCCACCAGCACAACCUGCUGCUCCUGUGGCUCCCGCUGGCCCCGCUCCUUCAUCAGCCCCAGCUCUUGUGCCCCCACCUGCUGCCAAGUCAACCAAGUCAUCCCUCCCACCUCUUAAAUGCCCCAUGGCUGGAACCUUCUACCGAAGCCCGGGACCCGGUGAACCCCCAUUUGUGAAGGUUGGAGAUAAAGUGAAGAAAGGACAGGUCCUGUGCCUCAUCGAAGCAAUGAAAUUGAUGAAUGAAAUUGAAGCUGAUCAAUCAGGAACAGUCAUUGAGGUCCUUGUGGAUGAUGCCAAGCCUGUCAGUGUGGACACGCCCUUGUUUGUGAUCGAGCCCUAAAGAAAGGUAGAGAUGGAUCAUUGGUUGUGAACAACAGGCAAUUAGCUUUUUUCUCGGUAGUCUAUGGCAGAAGGUAGUGUUUGUGUGCGGAUGGAGUAAUCUUCUAGGGACAAGACCUGCUGAGGAAGUGUAUGCUGUGGAGAUCUUUUGCUAAGUUAAUUAGAUGGUAGAGAUAAACAUUGAUUUAUUCAUAUUCAACUUUGAUGGUAGACAGUUUUCUACAGGAACAGUUCAAAUAAUCCUUGCGGGUUCUAAGUCUUUAUUUAUUUUCCUUUUGUGCCAACGGCCUUACAAAUGAUUUUAAGAUGUAUUAAUGCUGAGGAUGGGAAAGAUUGCUGUUGGUAGCACAGUCAAAAGCUCGAAGACCCAACUUGGCUCAAUGUGCAGUUGGGUCGUGUCGACUCAAAAGACUAGACCUGACUAGACUCGAUACUAAAUAAUCGUGGAAUGAAAAGUAUCAUGGUUGGGAUAAAUACAAAAAGCUUUUUUAUCA